AUGAAGUCAGCAUUCUACGAUAAGUCUCUGAGCGUCGAGAUCCGCGACGUGCCCGUGCCCACCCCCGGCGCCGGCGAGGUCUUGAUCCGCACCGUCGUCGCCGGCACCAACCCCAAGGAUUGGAAGCAGCCCAUGCACUGGACCCCCGAGGUGGGACCUUUCAACCACGGCGAUGACGUUGCCGGCUCCAUCGACUCUGUCGGCCCCGGUGUCGCCAACUUCAGGCCGGGGGAUCGUGUCGCCGCCUUCCACGAGAUGAACGCCCCUCACGGCAGCUUUGCCGAGUUCUCCAUCGCCGGCGCCAAGUCGACCUUCCAUAUCCCGGAGCACCUCAGCUUCGAAGCCUCCAUGACGGCUGCUCUCGGCAUGUAUCAGGAGCUGGGCCUUCCCCUCCCCUGGAAACCUGCCACGAGCCGACUACCUCUCAUAGUGUACGGCGGCGCCAGCGCGGUCGGGGCCUUCGUCGUCAAGCUCGCCGUCCUGUCCAACGUGCACCCCAUCGUCGCCGUGGCCGGUAACGGCGCUUCCUUUGUCGAGACCCUGAUCGACAGGUCAAAGGGAGACACCAUCGUCGACUACCGCACCGGCAACCGCCGCGUCGUCCAGAGCCUGCGCGGCGCCGCCGGGGGCGACGUCAGGCUCGCAUUCGACGCCGUCUCCGGACAGGACAGCAUCGCCAACCUCGACAAGGCCCUGGCGAGCGGUGGACGGAUCGUCACCGUCCUCACUCCCGACAUGGUCGUCGGCGGUCGAGAGGACUCGGGCCACGCCGAGAUCCUCUUCACCCUCGUCAAGUCAGUCUACACCGACAUCCCUGCCGAGGCUAAGGCUUCCGGUGCCGUGAUGGGCGACAGGGAAUUCGGCGCCGUCUUCUUCCCCUUCCUGGGUCUCGGCUUGGCCGAGGGCUGGUUCGGCGGUCAUCCCUACCGGGCCGUCGAGAACGGGCUGGAUGGCCUGGAGGAGGCCUUGGCCCUGCUCCAGGCAGGCGGACUGUCUGCCGAGAAGGCUGUGCUGCGCAUCGAGGAGACCAGGGGGGUCAAGCCCAGGUCCUAG